ACCUGUGUCAUUUACCCAAUCCCAACUACUUUGAUGAUGAUGGAACAGUUCAUUGGAUAUCUGAAGAAACCUUUUUUCGAUGAAUUGCUGUAUAUUACAUGUGGUCCCGCCUCAAUGUGACACAUAUAAGGAGUCCUCAGAGCACACAGUUUUCAUUAACCUAUCAGAGUUUGACCAGAGUUACUUCUGCUGUGGACAUAUCCUCAUCUGCCUGACAAGCUUUGAGAGAGGUCUCAAGACAAGAAUGGAGACGACCACUACCUCUUUCUAUCACAACAAUGCAGCAACUGUAUCUGGACAAAAUAACUCUGACAAGUAUGAUGGACUGACAAAGUCUUUCCACACCAUGUCUGCCAUUGUUUACUCCCUGGCCUUCAUUCUUGGUGUGCUCGGGAAUGGAGUGGUUAUCUGGGUGACCGGGUUCAAGAUGAAGAAAACAGUUAACACAGUUUGGUUCCUCAACCUCGCUGUGGCCGACUUCCUCUUCACAGCAUUCCUGCCCUUCACUGUGACGUACGUGGCUUUGGAUUUCCACUGGCCUUUUGGCAACUUCAUGUGCAAACUGAACACCACUGUGACCUAUCUAAACAUGUUUGCCAGUGUCUACAUCCUGGUGGUGAUCAGUGUGGACAGAUGUGUGUCUGUGGUGUGGCCCGUCUGGGCCCAGAACCACCGAAAUGUGCGCAGGGCGUCCUGUGUGAGUCUGGGUGUUUGGGUACUGGCUCUGAUUCUCAGCGCUCCAUACUUCAUCUUCAGGGACACUAAGUAUUAUCAUGAUGAAAAAAUUACCAUCUGCUUUGACAACUUUGCUCUUUCUGAUGAUAAUAAAACACCAUCUGUGACUCAGCUGCGACAGUUUCGUCAUCAGGCCAUGGCCAUCACUCGCUUCCUCCUGGGAUUUGUUGUCCCCUUCACUGUCAUUGUCUCCUGUUAUGCUGUGAUAAUCCAUCGUCUCAGGAGGAGCCGCACUCUGGCCAGCCAGUCAAGUCGGUCCUUUAAGAUCAUUGCUGCUGUUAUCACCACUUUUUUCCUGUGUUGGGCUCCUUAUCACAUCAUGAGUCUAAUUGAGAUGGUUCAUUUCACAGGUGGUGAAAGUGAAACAUUACAUCAUGUCAUUGCUAUUGGUUACCCUAUAGCCACCAGCCUGGCCUUUCUCAACAGUUGUCUGAACCCACUGCUGUAUGUGUUCAUGGGCCAAGAUUUCAAGGAUAAAGUCCGCAAAUCCAUCCUGAAUAUAUUGGAGACUGUCUUCCAGGAAGAGGAGACUCCAUCUCAUACCUACACAAACUCAAUGGUCACCAGUCAGAGUAAAGAGAAGUCUGUUUCUGAUGCUGAGGUAUAAGGUUGAUAUGAAAAAAAAUACUGUAACUAUACAUAGGAAAUAAUUUUCACACAAAUGUAAUUGUAUCUAAACAUUUUUUCACCAUAUAAAUGUCUUUUUUACCAUAACUUGUUAUGUUUGUAAUGCAACAGUUUUUUGGUUUUCAUACACAACAUACAGUAAAACAAAAACAAAAACAGAAAAGGACUUAUUCUUUGUAUUAUGGUUGUCAUAAAUGUUGUGAUAUAUGACAUGAGCCAGUCCCUUAAAGCUUUAUCCUGAUGUGUGGUGGAGGGAAAGAGAAAAACAGGAGCACAGUGAUUUUGAGCCUUUAAUUGUGCAAACAGCAGUUUUACAUCAUGUAUUAGAAUGUAGUCAGAAUGAGUCAGUGUGGUCCAGUCUUUCCUUUUUCUCAGUCUAUUAAAGGAAGUGGGUACCUCAUCAGUCAGUCAUGAUGAAGUAUUUACAUUUUGGUUAGGCUCAUAGCUUUAACAUGAUGUCCUGUUGUCCCAUUGAGCUCCAUUAAGUAACAUUUAUGCUAAGUGUGUUUGUUUUGUUUUUUAGUAUUUAGUUUUUUGUUUAGUAUUAUUAUAUACUUGGCCAGUGCAUGGAGCUUUUUUACAUCUGGUGCUUCUCUGAUGAGCUUAUGGCUGUAGCAUAUGAGUUUACCACAGGUGUAACACCAGUUGUGUGUGUAUUGAACCUUAUUUUAUUCCUGAACUCCUGUGCUAUAUAGGUCUGAUGAAUCUGGAUCUGCUGAGAGGUUUUCUGGUAGGGUCAGACAAAUCUGUGGACCCAACCUGCCUUGUGUCAAGAGUCCAUGGAUAUAAAUAUUGUGACAUGUAUUGCUAACCUGUUUAUGGAAGCUUCACUCUAAUGUAUUCAAUUUGAUCUUUCAUUUGAAUCAUAGAUGAUGAUUAUGAUGAUGAUGACUGUUAUUGCAACUGUGCAGAACCCAUCAUCACUGCAUAAUUUCACAAACAAUUGUGUCUGGAAUAUCUUUCUGUACUAUCCAAUACAUUCAUCCAUAAACUGUAAAUACAGGAUAUACUGAUGUUGAUAGUCUUUCUAAUUAUUAUUUUAAGCUUUCUUCUUGAGAUUAAAUGACCAGCAGAGGGAACAUAUUUAAGUAAAACAAAAAAAAAAAAACAAACAAAAAAAAA